AUGAGCUUCCCCUCGUCCAAUCACACGCAACAAUUCUCGAACAGCCACUCUUCGCAAGCACAGCAGUCGACCUCACGCGCCUCGAGGCCAGCACGCCGUGGGCUCCCUCCCAUCUCGACCCAGCCCCCAUCUGCUGCAAACUCGCCUGCGACGCGCCAUAUUCUUAGUCGCAACUCGUCCGCCUCGUCGACCUCGUCUGUGCUGUCGCCCACCCAGCAGCAGCAACAGCAGCAGCGCUCACUUCCCGGUGCCGUCACUUCGACUCCCACUUCGGCAACACUCCCGCAAGCUCCACAGUCAGGCGGAAGGAGAUUCGCCAGAGCCUCCCAACAACCACAGUCACUGUCAGCAUCGCCCAUCUCGGCUCACUCGUCGGGCGCGCCGUCUGGACAACUGACCAGCUUGGUCAUCACCCAGCUGAACAUUCUGCUGAGUACCUUGAAAGACGACAAGAAGUGGGAUACACAGGCCGAAAAGAUACAGAAGUUGGUGGAUGCGCACGGAAUGGACGUGUCGACAACAUAUUUCAGAAGGCUGCUGCAGAGCAAUGCUCCUCUGAUCUUCUCGUCAAACCAGAAUGCACAGCGCUCAGCAGCAGACAGCGGAAGCUAUCCGCUGCUCGUCGGCGAGAUGCAGAAACUGACGCGCCUGCCCUCGCAAGCGUCAAAGAUUGCCGAUGCUCUCGACACGAACACCGACGGCGACCUCUUUAAAGACUUUGAUCUGUCGACCUUCAUGGAUCACUUCAGACUGGACCCUACUGCAAAGGUCACUCUGGCGCUGGCCUGCAAGCUCCUCUCGAAGCAAGACAUUAAGACAAAGGCCGAUGCCAUCCUCAGCAACAACUACUCGCCCUUUCUAGAAGCCAUCGCAAACCCCACCGCCGCUGAUGACGUUUCCUCAUCCUUCCUCUCCAGCAUCCUCUUCCGCCUUAUCCUCGACCCACCCCGGCAAUGGAAUGACGAAGCCCAGAGACACCUUCUCAACAGCUUGAACGACCGUUUCACAAAGCUUCGCAUCUUACCCACAAGCGAAGUCAGUGCCUUCAUCGGCUUCAUGGAACUGAUUCCAAUCAGCACCGCCCUCGUCCGCCCCUUACAGAGGGAGGGCCCCCGGGCUACAACAACGAUCGAAAGCUGCAAAGAUGUCCUGGCUCGAGUCGACCAGAUCUCACCACACUUUGUUGCCGUUGCACUGGCGUACAUGCUCCUCUCAGACGAGUCAUACGAUAUCGGCGUUUUCGUUUCCGCCGUCCGCCAGCACCCCCAGGCACAGCAUCUCGAUUGGCAUGCCGUUGUAAAGACAUUCGACAUUAGCCUGAUGCGAAUCACCAAGCCGCAGUUCCUGGCCCUCUACAACGCGUUGCUCCCCAUUGCUCGCGAGACCGACUCGUUCGACAUUCAAUGCUUGUGGGGCGGUAUCUGGAGCGCUCCCAACGCUCAACUGUCCUUUGUCACCGCCUUCCUGUCAUGCUCGCCUCAAGAACUCGACGCCACUCAGAUCCCCCGUCUGCGUGCCGCCUUCUUCAUGGACGAAUUUGCCGAUGCCACCGAGGAGGUCAAGGCAUAUGCGCAAAAGGCCGUUAGCCACCCAAUGGUGUCAAUGGAGGCCACGAAAUUCCUCUUCACCGUAAUCUUCCAAUCACAAGACGCAUACAACCAGGCACAACACCUCGGCAUCCCGGAGACCGUUAUCAACGCAAACACCGACAUUUUUGUGUGUGCAGCCUCUGCCGUGGAAAAGCCAUGGGCAGCCUUACAGGAGAUGGCCCUUAACCAGCUCUUCCGCCCCUUCUUCCAUAAGACUCUCCCCAACUACGACUUUGUUCUCCACGCUCUUUGGAAGCACGACAAGUCUUGGCUGGCCAGUAAGCUGGUCGAGGCAUACAAUUCUGACCCAACCUUGCUGGCUGUCAUUUUCGAGCACGCUAGUCAACAUGCAUGGACCGACACCCUCCUUCUCAUCACUAAUGAAUUUGGGCUGGAUCUUGCUGCGUACGGUCAUGGCCAAGGCCAAGUCGAUCUGGAGGCAUGGGCCCAGGGCCACCUCGAAAUUUCACCUCAACAGCUCGCUGGAGCGAUCGUCACCUUUCUUAGGAUCAAAGCCGAAGACGAGCAGUCGGUCCAGCGAGAUAACCCACACCAAGUCGUGCCGUUGAAGGUCAAGACAGUUUAUGCCCUUCUUAACGUCAUUCACGGACACCUCAGUGAUGAAGAGAUCGGCGCCAUUCAACGUGUCUGUCUUCAGGUUUAUCCUCGCCUUAUCAACUACGGAUACAAGUUCGACCAUGCCAUCGACGCUAACGGCGAGAAUGGCAACUCUUUGUCUGAGGAUGCUGACGCUAAGAUGCAAGAACAAUACAAGAUGAUGUACUCUAAUGAAGUCGAUCCUCGUGGUAUGAUCGAGCGCCUCCAACACCUCAAAGAAUCUGAGGACUCCGCAGAUCAAGACCUGUUUGCAUGCAUGAUCCACGGCCUCUUUGACGAAUAUAACUGCUUCGGUGAAUACCCGUUGGAGGCACUUGCAACAACCGCUGUUUUGUUCGGCGGUAUCAUCAACUUUGGCGUGCUUUCUUCCCGUGUCACACUCGGUGUUGCGUUGUUCAUGGUUCUGGAUGCCGUCGCCGAGUACUCCCCCGAUGAUUCAAUGUACAAGUUUGGUCUCCAAGCUCUGCUUCACUUCAUCAACCGCCUUGAAGAAUGGCCUAGUUUCUGCAACCGUCUCAUCGCGAUCCCUCAUUUGCGUGGUACAGAGGUCUACACGAAGGCUGAGGAAGUCGUUCGCCGCCAACCUGGAGUGGAUAUCCGUGGAGACUUACAGCCCGAGCUCUCGCUCCCGAAUGGCAGUCUGGAAGACUUCGCUCUCGAAUCGCAGUACCCUCCUUUCCGAAGCAUUCAUGUCGAAGCACCCCUCAGACCUGAGCUUUACGAAGAGCCGGAUGAGGAAACUUCAGACAAGGUUAUGUUUGUCCUCAACAACGUCUCUAAGCGCAACAUUGAUGACAAGUUCCGUGAUCUGGAAGCUGCUCUUGAGGAGCGUCAUCACCAGUGGUUUGCCAACUACCUCGUCGAGGAUCUGGCCAAAGCGCAACCGAACUUCCAAAGUCUUUACUUGCAAAUCCUGACAAUGUUUGACGAAAAGCUGCUCUAUGCUGAGGUUCUGCGCGAAACCUACAACAGUCUUUCUAGGAUUCUGAACGCAGAAGCAACCAUGAACAACGCCCAAGAUCGUACAAACUUGAAGAACCUUGCUGCUUGGUUGGGUAUGCUCACCCUGGCUCGCGAUCAACCGAUCCUCCACCGCAACCUCUCCUUCAAGGAUCUUUUAAUCGAAGCCCACCAAACCCAACGUCUCCUGAUCGCAAUUCCAUUCACCUGUAAGGUUCUCUCUCAAGCCAAGGACUCGAAGGUAUUCCGACCCCCACAGCCAUGGUUGAUGGAGCUAGUCAGUUUCCUGGUUGAGCUCUAUGAUUUUGCUGAGCUCAAGCUCAACCUUAAGUUCGAGAUUGAGGUCUUGUGCAAGGAUUUGGGUCUUGAUCACAAGGCAGUUGAGCCUGCUUCGAUCAUUCGCACUCUACCCCUUCAUCAUGAAGGCGAGCUGCUUCAGCAAUAUCCUACUGACACCAUGGAUGGAUUUGGCGACAUGCAUCUCAUGUCUUUGUCCAAGAGGGCUCCAAGUGAACGCUUCUCUUCCCAGGAUGUCCUCAAGUCUUUGCCUGACCUUGGUGCUAUGCUCAAUUACCCCCCCUCGUCCGGCAGCAUCUCCCACGCUCAACUCAAGAGUAUCUUCCUUGACGCUGCCCAACGCGCCAUUACCGAGAUUAUUGCUCCGGUCGUCGAACGUUCGGUCACAAUUGCUGCCAUCUCUACAUCGCAGCUCGUCGAGAAGGACUUCGCCAUGGAAGCUGAUGUGGAUCGUAUGUGCUCGAGUGCUCAUAACGUGGUCAAGGCGCUCUCGGGAAGCCUCGCGCUUGUUACUUGCAAGGAGCCUCUUCGUAUGAGCAUCUCCAACAACAUUCGCAUACUGGCCUCACAAAACCUGCGUGAACCUCUCCCUGAGGGCUCUAUUCUCAUGUUUGUUAACGACAACCUCGACACAGUGUGUAAGCUUGUCGAAGACGCUGCGGAAUCGCAGUCAAUGGCAGAGAUCGAUGCACAGAUCCAAGAAGCCGUCGAGCGUCGCAAGAGACACGCCGCCGAGCAGCGUGCAAUCGAAGCUUUCAACUAUCCCGCUGUUAGCCGAUGGGCAUUCUUCAUUCCCGAGCCGUACAGGCAGGAUCCAGGUGGCUUGAAUCCACAGCAGUUGGCCAUCUACGAGGACUUUGGCCGUCAAAUGCGUGUGCCUGCUGCCCCUCACGCCAACGCAGUGCCGCAGGACAACACUCGCCAACUGCAGGAGCUCACUGAGAACUACUUGCCAAGCAUACCUACACCGGCCGAAAAUCCAGCCAUUCCAAGACAAGGACAACAGCAGCAACGGGUUGUGCCUUCUCAAGGCCAAACUAAUGGUUACAUGACGACUGAGGUUAUCAUUGGACACGUUUUCGAAGCUCUGGCCGAUCUCCAGCGCGUUGCUCAUGAGGCACCCGAAGAGCACAUUGGAGAGAUUGGUCCCGCCUCGCCCGUUCGUGAGGCGUAUGCACAGUUGAUGCGUAUGAUCGAGAGCUCUCCUGAAAAGGAGCAGUUGGCUCUGGCUACUGUCCAGAGAGCGACUUUGUUUGCCUACACAAAGUCUGAGACUCGUCUUGAGAUUGAAGUCUUUGUCGAAGUCUUGAACCACCUCUGUCUGAUCUCAGUCACCACAGCUCGCAACUUGACUAUCUAUCUGCAGUCCAUUAACGAUGACAAGGUUUACAACGGUCCAGUCACUGUGUGCCUGCUCAAGACAGGCUUGCUCGACAUCCAUCACGUCGACUUGCAAACAUCUCAGGCAAUCAUGCAAAAGAAGACAGUCGCUGUCGAAUUCCUUGGCGCUCUCAUUGACGAGCUGAUACUUAGCGAGCACCCAGCCGCUCUUCGCGCAGACUUUGUUCUUUCCUUUGGCGCACUUGGCCAGUGGCUCUCCGAGGACCCCAGUGUGGAGAUGGGCAAAGACAUUGUUAAGAAGCUACAAGACGUGUCCAAUGGUGCACCACCACCCAGUCCUCCCGCAUCCGAUAAGCAGGAUCAGCUCGAAUACGUUUUUGAAGAGUGGGUGCGCCUUCAAAGACCCGAAGUCCCUGAACGCUACAUGGUGGCAUUCAUUCAGCAACUGCAGAGUCGUAGCCUACUCAGCAAUCAGGAAGAAUUCGCCUCGUUCUUGCGUGUCUGCAUCGAGAUGUCGCUCGACUGUUUUGAACGCGAGGCACUCACCUAUGGCAGCCUGGACCAUGCUUACAUCCAUGUCGACGCUCUUGCCAAGCUGAUUGCUUCGCUUGUAGCAUAUCAAAGUGAUGGCGAAGGCGUCCUCUCGGGUAGCAAGACCGAUUACCUCAAGGCCAUCCUUGGUCUUCUCGUUCUGGUCAUGAACCACCACGGAACGACUCGCCCUGAUGAACGCUUCAAUGACAGAAUCUUUUUCAGACUCAUGUCUAGUCUGCUAUGUGAGCUAGCCGCCUUUAGAGUACAACUCGGCGACGAAUACCAGGAUCUCAUCCUUGUCUUUGGCAAGGCUUCCCUGGCUCUGCAGCCUAGGUUCUUCCCCCUUUUCACGUUCUCAUGGCUGGCUCUGAUCAGUCAUCGUAUGUUUGUGCCUGAGGUCAUGAGAUCGGCUGACAGAAAGGGAUGGGACGUCUACCUACAGAUCCUUCAAGUCCUCUUUAGCUUCCUUGGUGACUUGGUUAGCACUCAAGAGAUCUCUAUGCACGCAGCAGAAUUCUACCGCGGCGUGUUGAGAGUCCUUCUCAUCCUUCAGCACGAUUUCCCAGAGUUCCUCACCGAGAACCAUAUGCGCCUCAACAGCAGCGUCCCUGCAGGCCUGCUUCAGUUGCAAAAUGUUAUCAACUGCGCAUACCCUUCGUCCUUCCAGGAGCUCCCUGAUCCGUUCACCCCAGGUCUCAAGAUGAACCGUCUUGAACAGAUUCGCCAGAUGCCAGACCUCCGUGGCGGAUUUGAAGACGUCUUGUCUGAUGCAGGGCUCGACGCUGCUAUCGACAACUUGCUUAAAGGCAAGGACAUCAAGGAUGAUGAUAUCAAGACCGUCAUCAGUGCUAUCGACAACGAAGGCCAACCUGAUGCCCUCGUUGCCAAUGCUUUGAUCUUGCAGAUUGGCAACACCGCUACCGCAGGAUCUUCGGUAUUUUCACCAUCCGCAACCCCUGCCAAAGUGAUUGAGCGUUUGUUGCAUGAAUCGCGCCAUGAAGUGCGAUACCAACUCCUUAGCGCCAUUACCAACCAGGUGCGCUACCCUAACGCGCACACCCACUAUUUCUCGACCGCGUUACUUCACCUUUUCACAGUCAGCUCGGAAGACCUUCAACAGCAGGUCGCCAGAGUACUGGUUGAGCGUGUCAUGUCCGCAAGACCUCAUCCUUGGGGACUGCUUGUAACCGUCUUGGAGCUUGUCAAGAACAACUCCUACAACAUCUGGGAGCUUGGCUGGAUGAAGGCCGCUCCUGAGGUUGAGAGAAUGAUGCUGAAUGUUGCCCACAGCUCAGGACUCGCACAGAGCCCGCGUGCCAUGACCUAG